UCCAACCCCCUCUGAGUGAGAACGCUCAUGGAACAACCCUAGGCCGACGACUCUGUUGUCGACCCAACAACAGUUCAAAAGCGAUUCGGCAGUAAACAUGGCGCUCGAUUUCGCAGCCACCUACAAAGUCCUCGUGUUGGGCGAUUCGAAUGUCGGCAAGACUUGCAUCGUUCAUCGUUAUUGUGACGAGAGAUACUACGAUACUUAUAUAUCGACGAUAGGUAUCGAUUUCAAACAGAAGAUUAUCAACUUGGAUGGUACACCAAUUAAAUUACAAAUUUGGGACACCGCCGGACAGGAACGAUUUAGAACUCUGACAACGGCAUAUUAUCGCGGUGCUAUGGGUAUUUUGCUGAUGUACGAUGUCACCAGUUUGGAUAGUUUCAAUCAUUUAUCUUAUUGGCUUCGAAAUAUUCAAGAAAAUGCCUCACCGGAUGUAGUAAAAGUAUUGGCAGCUAAUAAAUGCGACGCCACUGCACAUAGAGCCGUAGAUGCCGAGAGAGGUCAGAAAAUAGCGGAAAAUUUCGAUAUGCCCUUUUUCGAGGUAUCCUGCAAAGAGAAUAUAAACAUCGAGGAAGCAUUUUUGACCUUAGCUAGGAGAAUACGAGAACAACGAGGACGUCGAGCUAGCCUGUUCGAAGCUUCGGAAAGGGAAGGUGCCGACAGUGUGAUCAAAGCUCAAUCACCGUCUCAACAGGGUGAUGCUUGGAGAUGCACCUGUUAGUCAUCCGGCAGAAAUUAAAGAACGAAAAGGGAAAAAAAGAAACGGGGGAAUUCGCUCAUUGGUCGCCGAUAUUUUAAGCUGGAAACAAAGGAAGUAUUUGUUCUUGGACAUUUGUUUUAUUCGCUUCUCCGUAUGGGAACGAAUGCGUAGUUACGUUACUCUUACAAUGGUAUGAUCCUUAUAUAUAUAUAUAUGUAUAUAUAUAUGUAUAUGUAUAUGUAUAUAUAUAGACACACACAUAACAUAUAUAUAUGGAAAAGUCGAAAAAAUAAGGACUUAUAGGAGUAAACGUAUAUAAAAAAAAGAAAAUGAGAGAGAGAGAGAGAGAAAGAGUGAAAGCAGAUAAGAAUAAUGGCUAACGAAUUCAAAUCGUGGCUAUUAUUAUCUUAAAAAGGAAAAAAAUAAUUCUGCACAUAUACCGUAUACACUUACACGUACAUCACAAAUAAAUACACAUAUAGCGUACGACGAAUCGUAUAAAGUGGCUAAGCAAAACUAAAAGAAAAAAAAUAUAAGAUGCGUGUAACUUUAAAGUUACAGCUCGCGUAUGUAAUAAUAAUAAUAAUAAUAAUAAUAAUAAUAAUAAUAAUAAUAAUAAUAAUCGUUCGAACGAUACGAACGUUCACAUUUUAAUCUAAAUCGUGCUGUCACUUUGGCGAAUCGCUUAGGAUCGUCGCCAACUCAAAUUUCCUUAUUAAACAUCGAAGCUCUACGCUAAAACUUAUCGCGAAGACUAUUUAAAUUAUGAUAUUAAUGUAGAAAAAAAUGUGUACUUAUAAAUCGAGAAAAAGAAACAAAGAGAAAAAAAGAAAAAAAGACAAAUAGAAAGUAUGAUACUAUCGUCGAGGAAUCGUACGAUUGGACAGUGCUAAAUAUCGAAAGAGUUUGGAGAUCGUUUAUGCUCGUGAUUCAGAGCCCCUAUUGAUCCAGAAAAUCGAUCAAAAUCUUACAGAAGAAGGAUUAAGGAGGAUACAUUUAUAUUUGUAAUAUGCAACGAAAGGAAAAAAAUAACUCGAUUCUCUAAAUUUCUCGCGCCAAAUUAAAAAAGUAAAAAUUAACUUUCAAGAGGUAACAAAUAAGCGAAUGUAGAUACUUUUCGUAUUUCAUCAUUUUUAUCACAAAUGAAAUUCAAUUAAAAAUGCUUAAGAAGAAGAAGGAAAAAAGAAAAAAGAAUUAACAAUAUAAAAUUAGCAUUCUAAAAUAGCAGGAGUAUAUAAGAAAAAAAUUUCUAUGGCAAAAUAUUCCUCCUUGGCCUUUCUUACUCUAAAGAUAAAAUUAAUUGUGAUAGUUGUGUCGAUAUCAUAUAUAAUCGACACACAAAGUAAGGGAAAUUGAUUUUGAAAUAAAAAUAAAAAAAUCGUGAAGGCUGAUGGCUUCAUCGAAUUUUGAUUAGGCAUUUACAUUUUAUUAUUGGCCGCGAUUAGAAUCUUACGUCGUGAUUUGUCAAAUUUCCAAAUCAAUUUCUUACAGUACAUACAUACAUACAUACAUACAUACAUACAUACAUACAUACAUACAUACGUACAUACGUAUAUAUAUACAUACAUAAAUACAUAAAUACAUUGAUACGUUUAAUGAUACUUCGAAAAAGAGAAUUUUUAACCUCUUCAUAGGAAUUUCAUUCGUAUUGCUUUAUACUUGCCACCAUAAGCUUUUUCGUACUACUUUCGAUAUAUCGCGCAUUUUCUGAAAUACGAAUACGUAAAUAAAUAAAUAAACGACAAGCAAAAUAGCUCUUUUGCUCCGCCGAGUUUACAUGCAUACGUACAUACAUACACCUCGCACAAAACGCACUGACGUAUUAAUACUACUACUACUACUACUAUUACUACUACUACUACUACUACUACUACUACUACUACUACUACUACUACUACUACUACUAUUAUUAUUAUUAUAUUACAAAAAGAGAAAGAGAGAGAGAAAGAAAGAAAGAGAGAUAAUUUCCGUUUUUAACAUUACAAGAUGAAAGAUGAACGGGAAAAAAAAGAAAUGAACGAAAAAAAUAACGAUCACCUUUGAUCUGGAUUGUUUGCCAAUUUACAAAUUAUUUUUGAAGCAUGUCGGUUUUGACAAAAAAAAAGAGUUAAAAGGAUUAUAAACAAAUUCAAAAUUCAUUGCAAAAUUUUGGAAAGUUAAUACUGAGUUACAAAGGAUUUAACGUUUCAAAGUAUAAAUAGAAACGAGUUCGACAUGUCUGGAUAAUAAAAAAAUGAAAGAAAGAAGGAAGAAUAAACACCACAAGUUUUUGGCAAAAUUUGAGAUUUUCUCGAAAGGCCUAAAAUAAAUAUAGAGAUAUGAAAAUAUCUCGUAAUUUUGUCGUCGAUAAUGAUAAUAUCGCGCAAGAAAUAUUUUUGUCGUUUGGUGCAACUCUAUGGUAUUUAUAUAUGUACAAUGUGAGUAAAUACUUUCGUUAAAGUGCAUUUUGAUUAUUAGUCAGCAAGAAAAAAAAAUGCAAAAAAGAAAAGAAAGAAAAAAACACUUAUGUGUAGAUGUAUCGAAUGUGAAGAUAAUGAAACGAAUACGAUGAUGAUCGAUUGUUACUCCGAAAGUUCUACAUAACAAUUUCUUAACUUGUCGCACAUGAACUCGCACGAUCGUUCCAAUCACCACGUAACAACUUCUUAAAAAUGAAGAGUGAAUUGAAAAUUAAAACGAUUCCAUUCGAGAAUUUGAAGAGAAUGAAUGUGAUGAUGUAGACAUUUUUAGAUGAUAUCUUAGAACGGUGUUCUCUCGCAUGAUCGUAUCUCGCGCAUUCUCUAUAUACAUACAUAUACAUAUACUAGAUUUUCCAUUUAAAUUAAUAUCUUUGAAUAUCUGCCCUUUAAAACCAUUCAACUUUUAUUUCCAUAUUUAUUUUUUUAUUGUAUUAUGAACAAUUAAGUAUUCGAGGAGAUUGACUUAAAUGGGACACUCUAUAUAUACAUAUGUGUACAGACACGUACAUACCUACAUACAUACAUACAUAUAUAUAUAUAUAUAUAUAUAUAUAUAUAUAUAUGAUCAUUUCAUCACAAUUCUUGAUAUUCAUAAAAAUUGUAGCUUCCGUUUUUGGUAUGCGCGAAAUGAUAAGUAUUUGGACAGAAGAAAAAUGGUGUUGAUACAAGGAUAUCGAAGGAUUUAUUAUAAUUAGGAACUUAGCGUAUCACAAUUUUUAUUCGAGAGAAAGAGAGAGAGAGAAAGAGAAAAAAGAAAGAGAGAAAGAGAGAAUGUAUGUUUUGAUACGCUGCCAACGGCGUCCCAAUUACGUGCCACUAUCUACGUGCGAUGUUUGAUUGAAGCGCUUUGAUAAUCAUUGAAAGAAAAAAAGAUAAAAAAAGAAAAAGAAAGAUAAAGAAAAAAAAAACAACAACAACAAAGAAGAAGAACAGCGAUAAAUCUAGCGAACUUUUCGUAUCGCUUUAUUCGUCUAUCGACAAGAACGAAAGUUCUCGGCCAUUUCUUUCUUUUUUUUUUUUUUUGUUCACUGCGAUCAAGCAAUAAGUAAGAAUAAAUUCGUAGUUUCAUUUCCUUCAAUUCGAAAUGUUCGAGAACUUUCGUUUUGGAAAAAAGCGAUCGUUUAAUACGAUUUAUGUGGUCUUUCUAUAUAUUUAGAUAUAAAGACCAGAUCGCGUGAAGGAGGAAUAUAUGGUGCAAUAUUUGAUAAAUAUUAUUAUUAUCAUUAUCAUCGUAUCACCAUUAUUAUUAUUAUUAUUAUUAUUAUUAUUAUUAUUAUUAUUGUUAUUAUUAUCGCCAUCAUCAUCAUCAUAGAUUUUUCCUAUUAACUGCCCACCAUUAUUUUGACUGUAUCAUUAAAUUUACAUUUGCAGUCAGUAAUAAUAUUUUAUUAUUAGCGACAGUUUGAACGAUCAUAUUUACAUAUAUGUUAACAAAAUUAUAAUAAUGAAAAAGUGAGAUUUUCUCAUUAUGUUAUUAAUGAGUUGAUUCCAAUGCAAAUUAAAUGACAUAAUUAAGAUAAAAACUGAUAACAGAAAAGAUUAACAAGAUAAAUAGGAAAAUGAGUCAGAUAACAAGAUUCAUUAUUAUUAUUAUUGUUAUUAUGAUUAUUAUCAUGAUCAUUAUCAUUGUCAUUAUUGCUAUUAUUACUAUCAUUAUUAUUAUAUUUUAGUCGAGUAGAUUUACGGAAUACGUCCCUUUUCGAAAAAUUGUUUCGUAAUUAGAACGACGUCAAUGGCGAGAGAAAAGAAACAAACUUUUUAUUGUUUACGUCGAAAAAGAAAGGAACGGAAUGUAUAAGAAAAAAAAAAAAUUACGAAGAACGACGAUCGAGAUCGACAAUCGCGAACGCCGGCACUAUAAUUGCACUGUCCUUUGAGAAAACGUACUCGAAAGGAAGAGGGAGAAAAAUAAUUAAUUAAAUAAAUAAAUAAAUAAAUAAAUUAGAAGAUAAUUUACGAUCGUCGAUAUACAUAUUAAUUACGGAGCACGUCCUAGUGAUUAUGACGCGUAAAUAAAUCGCACAAUCGCAUUUUUGUAGUAGAAUAGUAGACAUUCUUAAUAACGUUAAGAUCAUAAUACGCACUUCCUGUUCGCGAUCUUCGUUUAAAUGCUGACAAGAAAGAAGAAAAAUACGCCUUUAUUGUGCCUACCAACAAUUAUUAAGACGAGGAAAGGAGGGAGAGAGAAGGAAGGAGAAAUAUAUAGGAAGCAAGAAAGAAAAAGAGAGAGAAAAGGAAGAAAAAAGAAAGAGAGA